AUGCCGUGUGAGCGGACUCUUCACCACCGCGGGGAGAAGACGGUGCAUGUUCGUAGCGCGGGCUACGAGAAGGAAAGGGUGACAGUGAUGCUCGGCAUCACUGCUGAGGGCCGCAAGCUCCCCGCUAUGGUCAUCUUCAAGCGGAAAACCAUCCCUAAGCUCCGUGUUCCCCCAGCCGCUGAGGACGCGGCGGUGGCUGAGGCGAUGGAUCAUGAGGAUUGUGGGGACUUGCCGCCUGAGGAGGAGGAAGAGGAGGAUGACGAGAACGAGGACGAGGAUGAGGAGGAGGAGGAGGAGGAAGAGGAGGAGGAGGAGGAGGAGGAGGAGGAGGAGGAGGAGGAGGAGGAGGAGGAGGAGGAGGAGGAGGAGCUGGACAUGGAGGGGGAUGUGGAGGAGAACGACGAGGAGUGA